AGAUGAACUUCGUGCCACAUUUGUGUAUGAAGCUCCUGCUUCUACAUCUCCUGUUGUCUCGACCGUCUCCAGCGCACGCUGCUCCGGAUGCAGCGAGCGAUCACGAGGAACAGCCUGUCUUCCUGGAGUCCGUGAAGAACGUCACGGUGACGCUGGGACGAGACGCCUCCCUCACUUGCAUCGUCGACAACCUGGGCGCUCACAAGGUGGCCUGGAUCCAUCUCGACCGCCAGAUGAUCGUAAGCAUCCACAAGCACGUGAUCGCACGGCAGCCAAGAUUCUUCGUCACGCACGACUCACUGCGGUCGUGGACGCUACACGUGAGCGGCGUCACACAAGAGGACCGAGGCAAUUAUAUGUGCCAAGUGAACUCCAACCCAAUGAUAAGCCAGACCGGCUACCUGCAGGUCGUGGUGCCUCCCGAAAUCACGGACGAAGGCUCCAGCCCCAGCAGCCUGGUGGUGAAGGAGCGCGACAAUGUUACCCUCACUUGCCACGCCAAGGGCUUCCCUCAGCCCAGGAUCAGCUGGCGAAGGGAAGAUGGUCGUCCCCUUAAGUCCUCACAAGCUCCAGUCAAUGCCCUACAGAAGGACGGCGACGAGUUGCGGCUGACGAGCGUGUCGCGCACGCACAGCGGCGCGUAUCUCUGCAUCGCCAGCAACAGCGUCCCGCCCUCCGUCAGCAAGCGCGUCAUGCUGGAAGUCGAAUUUCCACCGCAGUUACACGUACCCAGUCAGCUCGUGGCGACACCCCUGGGCACGGAGGUACAGCUCGAGUGUUUGGUGGAGGCUCACCCUAACCCCGUCACAUACUGGACCCGGCAGCAAGUUAUGGUCUCGAACACCUCCCGUAUCACCACCUACAACCUCCAGGAGGGAUACAAGAUACGCAUGUAUCUUGUCAUCAGUGAUUUACAAGAGGAAGACUUCGGCAUGUAUCUGUGCAUCGCCAAAAACUCUUUCGCUGAGACCAACGGCUCCAUUAAAUUAUACGAAGUGCUGCGACCAACGAACAGACCGAGCCUGCAGAAGCAGCGACUCGAGACGAGGCCAGGAAACGGACGUAAAAGUAAAACCUCAAAGGAAGUAGGGCAGGAGGCUUCGAAUUCUAACUCAGAUAUUUCCGAGAUAAUAAACCUCACCGUCGGACCGCUGGACCGAACAAACGCAGUGCCUGGGGGCAGCCAAUGGAACGAUGCGGACCGAGCAACUUAUGCCCCCGGCGUGGCGAGAGGGGACUAUGAGACCGGCAUGGGCAUGAGACGAGGGCAAGAGCCGGAAAGUCGGAGGUUCGGGGUGACUUUCGAGGGUGAAGAUGACUUCAGCUGCGCCUGCCAUUCUCGACUGAGCCAGGGGCUGGUGGCAAUCGGCUUCACGUCGCUGGCAAUCCGAAUUUUGAGUUUUUCAGCUUAGUGAUCUUCGAAUGAUAUUCAUACCGCUGCUGAAUGUUAAUAUGAUUGGCACAUCGAGACGAUUCAAAAACUUACCAUCGCUUUCAUCAUCGCAGCGCACUGAGGAAGGGGAAAAGUAAUGAUAAUCAAAUUUUAUGUCGAUGUGUCGUACGUUUGCUUCAUGAACAUGCAUGGGUAUAACUAAGUUCACGUACUAAUGAGCGAUCUUAUUAAAUUAUUCAGUCUUGAUUCAAUAAUUUUCACAAACUCCCUGAAAUUAGACUAAUAAUGCAACGGUUUUUGAUGAGAAGUAGAGUUGUGAUCAAAAUUAAUCGCAAACUGAGCAGUGUAACUUUGAAAUAUCUAACCAAUUUUUUUAACGAUAAAACUUUUACCACUUUUUACGUCCAAAUACAAAUUCGUGCGAAUUUUACCAGCGUGUAAACUGUAUAGAGUUAUCCUUUAGUCCUCAUCGAAUGUUAGUAUUGAACCUCCAGCGUCUUAUCUUGACUGUAAAUACAUGUUAUUGUGCGUGGCUGAGAAAAUCCUCAAUAUUGUAGCAAUAGGCGCUUUAAUAUCUCUGAACUAUUAUUGUAUCGUUACAGAAGAUUCCUUAUAUUAUAUAAAAUUUAGUAUGAGGCACAGUAGGAAAUAUGUAGUUUACAUUACUCAAAUUUUUUUCAAGUUCAAACUAAUUCAAUGAUACUCAAAUAAAAUGUAUGUUACGUUAAUAACCCUGUUACGUGGCGAAGCAAUCCACGGAACCGCCCAUGACAUUUCAUCAUAAAUAUUAAAAUUUUGAACGUUAUUAUACAUUAAUCAUUCGGUGGGAAGAUACAAUCAGUUUACCUUUGCUCAAAUCUUAAAUUUUAAUUUAUUUGAUUUCUACAAAUUAUUCCGGUAAACUUUCCAUAUAAAUAACUUGCUUUUUGAGAUACGCGAUUAAACCAAGUUGUGGCGCUAAUGUUCAUUAAUCGGAGACCACUGUAUUAUAGCGUGAACUUUGUUAAAUGGAGAACAUGGUAUUAUAGCCUAAACUGUGUUAAAUGGAGAUUGCGGUAUUAUAGCGUACACGGUGGAAAGAUUCUUUUCUGUCGUUAGUGUGGACAAAAUUCUAAUCAUAUUAAUAUUGAUUGCUUUUGGGAUUGUGAGUAAACACUCUUAGCCCAAACGGAAUAGUUUUGCUUGCGGUUGGUACAGCUAUCCUUCAUAAAUUUAUAGGCAGCUAUUAUAAGCUUAUUAACAGAAAUUUAUGAAUAUCUCAAUAAUUUUAUUCCCAAUAGAACUAGAAAAUGUCAACUAUACUCAACAUGAAAUAAUUCGUUCUCCUACUUUUGUUUUUAUUUUUAGAUGCAUCGCUAAAAUGAUACUGGAUUAGAAAAAUCAAAUUCGUCAAGAGAUUUGACUGAAUUUCAUACAGCAAAAAUAAGCAAAAAAAAAUAAAAUAAAAUAAGCAAAAUAAGCAAAAUAAGUCAAAGCAAUUACAGUAAGUAAUUUAUUUAUAAUCUCUGUUUCUUCCCACGAGGGACGUUUACUCUGUAAAUAAUCAUUCGUGUAUCAUAUCCUCGGCGUUCGAUAGAAAAUAUUUGACUAAUUCCAGCUAGUAUGAAUAAGAUAUUCAGAACUGCUGACUAUUAGUCAUUGACUGAGGCUUAACACUCAAGAGUUUUCUCUACAGAAUUAAGUGAAGCAUUCAGGUAAAAUACAAAAGUAGUUAGGUUUAAUGCCCUUAGAGACAUGGAUCUAUUUAAUUGAAAGGAAGUAUUCAAGUACUUUUUCGCUCCAUUUCAGCCUAUAGGAAUUUUUGAUACCUACAUGGCCUGACUUUCGCAAUUGAAAAGACAUGCAAAACAAAAGUAGCGCUAACUUGUGAGUAGGUCGAGAAAAUGAUAUUUUGCACAUGCGAUUGAACAUAUUUAGCAUUUGGUGAAGUACCCAAGUUGUCGUACCCAUGUUGCCAGGAGCUCAAAUGUAAAUGGUGGUCGGCUUGAUGAGAGGUUAGUGAGUACCUAUAGGCUAUAAGGCAGGAAGAACUCAGAAGAGUCACAUAGAAAACUUUAUGAAAUAAGAACUCUAAUCAUGACGAAUUGUACAUAGAUAUCUGUGUUUACUUUCGCUAAAAGAUUUCUUUUCUCAUAAGGACAUGUAAAAAUACUCGUUUGCUUUAGAUUUAUUAGAAUGCAAUGUCUGUACUGUUAAUUAAGUUCGUAGGAACGUUCUAGGAGCUCUUCCUCCGAUCGAUCGUCUCAUGUAUUUUUUCCGUCUCAUUAAUCUGUAGAUUGUUGACAAUCAUUACGGCCGAUCGUCAUGAUCUUCUGACUUGCUAAAUACUAUAAAAAAUUAAUCACCCCAGAAAUUAUAUGGAUGGUGACCUUGUCCCCGGGAACUCAGCCUAGCCGUCAUUAAAUACUUAAGUUUACGUAGAGAAGAGUAUAGAAGGCCUCAUCUACAAACCUCCCCAACACUGCGAAAAGGAUCUCGAGCAGUUAAGGUUUUUUUUUUUGUUUCAAAAUUCAAAAUGACUUUGGUUCGGAAAAAGUAAAAAGUUUCCUCAUAAAAUACUAUUUUUCUUCCUAGCAUUUUGCUACAAGGUUGAUGUUUGAAGGCAGUUUGAAAAUCCUACAGAAAACAACUUUUCCGGUCGAAAUAAAAUAAUUGAGAUUUUUUGAGGUUUUAUAAUGAUCGGCUUCAAUUUAACCUGGUCAAAUUGUUGUUAACGAGUAGGUGUAAAUAUGAUGUGAUGUACAAAGAGAAGACAGUCAUAAUCUCCAAGCUAAGUAAUGUUCUAGCGUUAAAAAAUAUAUGCGUAUUGUUAAUUCCCCGAGACGAAUAAAAGAAUCGUAAUCUU